UCUCCGCAGAGGCCGGGCCGGGAAGAUGGCGGCGUCCAUGUCGCCCUUGGUUACUGCGCGCUGCUUGUUGCGGGCUUCGGCGCGGCGCGCCGCCCGCCUGGGGCUCCCGGCGCCGCCCGCCGCCCUGCGGAGAGCAUACACAGCUCAGGGAGAUGAGAAGACGGUCCCCGGUACUCCUACAGAUGCUAAUGCCAGAGCUUUAUUGGUUUGCAACGGACCUUUAGAACAUUAUGACUUUCUGAUUAAGCAGGAAGAGCUGAGGAAUGAUGAGCAACAGAGAAGAGUUGUACAGCACCUGCAGAAGUUGCAUGAAAGCCUUAAAGGCUACAGCAUCAGUUCCAAAAAUCUUCUCUCAAAGCUCUUUACAAAAAACAAACCCCCAAAAGGUCUUUAUGUCUAUGGAGAUGUUGGUACAGGAAAGACAAUGGUGAUGGACAUGUUCUAUUCUCACUUAGAAGUAGAAAGGAAAAAGAGAGUCCAUUUUCAUGGCUUCAUGCUAGAUGUACACCAGAGAAUACAUCGCCUUAAGCAGAGCUUGCCAAAAAGAAAGGCAGGAUUUAUGGCCAAAUCAUAUGACCCAAUUGCACCAGUAGCAGAGGAAAUAAGUGAAGAGGCUGCUCUCUUAUGUUUUGAUGAAUUUCAGGUCACUGACAUUGCUGAUGCCAUGAUUCUGAAGCAGCUUUUUGAAAAUCUGUUCCAAAAUGGGGUUGUCGUUGUGGCAACAUCUAACAGGCCGCCAGAAGAUCUCUAUAAAAAUGGUCUUCAGAGAGCUAAUUUUGUACCAUUCAUUGCUGUGCUGAAGAAAUACUGCAGCACAGUCCAACUUGAUUCUGGAAUAGACUACAGGAAACGAGUGCUUCCUGCUGCUGGAAAACUCUACUACCUCACAAGUGAAGCUGAUGUGGAGGCUGUCAUGGAUAAGUUGUUUGAUGAGCUGGCUCAGAAACAAAAUGAUUUAACUAGACCAAGGAUUCUAAAAGUGCAAGGCAGAGAGCUGAGGCUGAAUAAAGCGUGUGGAACCAUUGCAGACUUCACGUUUGAAGAGCUGUGCGACAGACCACUUGGGGCCAGUGACUAUUUGGAAGUAUCAAAGCAUUUUGACACCGUCUUUGUUCGUGACAUACCACUUCUUACAAUGGCAAAAAGGACACAAGCUCGUCGUUUCAUUACUCUUAUUGAUACCUUUUAUGAGCAUAAGGUGCGUAUUAUUUGUUCUGCAGUGACUCCUCUCCAAAGCUUGUUCCUGGUAGAACAUGACAAUGGUGAGCUAGAGGACAACAGAGUGCUGAUGGAUGAUUUGGACUUGAGCCAGGAUUCUGCCAAAGGACUCUCCAUGUUUACAGGAGAAGAGGAAAUCUUUGCCUUUCAGCGUACUGUCUCACGGCUUACAGAAAUGCAAACUGAACAGUACUGGAAAGAUGGGGACAGAAGCAAAAAAACUUCAUAAUUAAAAGUUGAAUAAAAUCACCAAGAAGUAAAACUACAGAAUUGGAAAGCUUUUUAGCACAACUGAAAUAAUAAUUGCACUUUAUCAUCUGGACCAUGCCUUUCUUUCAUCAGUUGUUUUUUGUGCUUAAGACAUGAGGACUCAGUUACUUUUCUGUACCACCAGUCUGUGGACAUGUGAAAUUUUGCCUUCAUUUUCUUUUCUGUAAAAUACAACUUUGACAGUCAUGAAGUUUAAUGGGAUUAGAAUUUUUCUGGAGAAUUGGUCUAGAGACAAAGUUAAUGGGCCAUGCAGGGUUCGCAGUAGAUUUAUAACGUCAUGUGAAGAGGGCGCUUUGUGGUUCGUGCACUGCCUUCUGUCACGUACAAUGCCGUUUGCACAAAAGAAGAAUCAAAUGCUUGCUUUAUAAAACUCCUGAUAUUGUAUAGGUCCAAGCUAGAAUCCUGGAACUCCUCUGUAGUGUAUUAGGGGUUGGGUUUUUUUCCUAUUUCCUGUGUGUAGCCAUCUGCUGAUUUUCAAGCUCUAAGAGUUUCUUGUAAUCAAACUGUUGCUCUGUCUGGUUCAUUGAAAACUAAUGGUUUGAACCAAGAGAGAAGCCUGAGGAGGAGCUCGAAGGUACUGGAAAUUGCAUAGGAUUAAGAUCUAAGUAAUCAUGGAUGGGAAAAGAAACUAUGAUAAGACAGGUCAUACUCUAACAUAACACUGCAAGUUAAUACUCCUCCUAAAUUCUGCAGUUCCUGCAAGCCUGGAUAUGCUGCCUCUAACACCAGUGACAUAUUUCUACCCUGAAUUUUCUCAGACUUCAUCUAUAUGAAACCCUCGGUUGCUGCUAGCACACCUGCUCUGAUCUGGGAGGAGCAGUACGUAGUACUGCUGAGGCAAUUCAUCAUGUGACGAUAGGGAUGUGUUUUAUGGAAAAGAUGGGACAUUCACUGAUACCUCAAAACACAUCACCCAUCCUCGUGUUUGUAGUUGGAAACUUUCUUUUAGGUAAAAAUACAAUUGUGUCAUUCUUGGUUUUAAUCUAACUAAACCAAAAUAUGGUAUCGUGCAUAUUGGCUUAUACUGUAUUUUUAUAAAAAGUAAUUUUAAAAGCAUAUUUAGAAACCCUGAAUAGGGAAAAAAUAUUAUGCAGAUGGACUGAAAAAGAUUGCCCCCAUUUCUUAGGGAGGAAAUAUAUAACACGCUGUCCCCAGAUCUGAGGGGGUUUCUUGGAUUUUGCAAUGUGACCUUUUUCUUGUACUGUAUCUGUUAUCACAAAUACUCUUCUCUGCCUUUAAGCCUAAUUAAAUUGUUUCGAUUGUAACCCCCAUCGCAAUUACAGAAAGCUUUUAAAAGGGACUUUUGGGGGUGGGGGAGCACUGGAGGUCCUGUGCGUUUGCGUGUGUUACGGCAAUACAGGUGUCUUGCAGCCGCGUGCUCAAGUCUGGUUUUCUGUUCUGAUCACUUCUGGUUGUCCUGGAAGUUACCUUAUACUGGCUAUACCCGUUGUUCAAAGAAUUUUAAAAGCCUAUAUUUAUAAUUUACAACUUAUGCAACUAUGUUGUUAUUCCCACAAAGGCGACUACCAUGGAGAAUUUUAAAGCGUAUUUAUGAAACACCUAAUCUGAAUAUAUUGCUUAUACUUAAGAAUAUCCAAAUAAUUGAUGUAUAUUUUCAGAAAUUUUUAUUAGGUUUCUCAAUAGAGAGACUAUUGAGAUUUCAUGUGUGUGUCUGUAUAUACACACACAUAUGUUAAUUUAUACAUAUAUAUAAAAAUAUAGAUAAAAGUAAUAUAUGUCAUUUAAGUGUGUGUGGUUCUAUAUUUAUACAUGGCAGUCUAUACGCAUCAGCCUGGGCCUGCGCCAGUAACUUUCCUGAAGCUUCAGCCUUGACUUUAUUUCUAGUAGCAUUCAAAUGCCUCUUGCCCUGUCUGAACCAGAACGUAUUGUGGGAAAAUGGGAGGUGGUGGUAGAUACCCUGAAGCAUCUUGAUAUUUAUUUGCAUUAUUUUAAAAGCUGUUUAUAUGUUUAGCCUAUAUGUCCACCUCUGUCACGUGGUACAGGGGAAAUGCAUAAUCCUGCACGACACAGGUGAGACGUUCGGGACGUGUGAGAGAGGAGGUUCUGGCAGGUUCUGCAUUCCCAUGGAGACUGUCUUAGGCCAGGGAAUUGCAGAGUUUCUCUGUGGUCUGUGUGGGCGAUGACCAACCUCAUUUAACCAGGGGCCCCCUGGAGCCCCCCGGGCAGAUCUGUUUGUGUUCAAAAUGGUGCAGCUUUGCCUUGUUGGUAUUUGAGGGUUUUCUGCAAUCUGAGCACCCAUCCCAAACUCAGAUAUCCCAGGUUUUUGGAAGCUUCUAAAUGCAGUGGGACUGAGGAAUCAUUGUAAGCCUCCUGGGAUAUAGGUGAGCUCUGUCAAACCACAGGAGGGAAGUUCCUAAAAGCUUCCAGAGCCAGCCCUGCUGCCAGGGCUUAUUGCUAAAAAAACCCAUAGUGCAGUCUUUCCUUGGCCACCAAGGAAACUGUGUGUUGGGAGCCAUUGGUAGGUGUUGGCAGUAAUCAAGGAGAAGAAAUGAAGAAUAUUAUAGAAGUGUUUGGGGGCUGAAAACAAGAAAAACUGCCCGAAUGACUGUGCAGUAUUUGUGGUUGCACUGCAGAGUGUGGAUUGCCACUUUUAGGUCAAGACCAGAAGGAGAGACUGGUGGGACCAAUUUGUCAGCCAGCCCGGAUGCCAGGGCAGAGAUCCCCACAGUACCCACAGAAGCAUACUUAUGUCCAUCCGCUUCCCUAAAAAAAUGGAGGCCCCGUGUGCUUAUUUUAUGAGGCUGCUAAUAAUGCUGUGGUAUGUAUCGAGUUUCUUUCCAAUAGGGAAAUUUGGAGGCGCUUCUUCUGAGGCCAAACAACUUCCAGGCAAUUGGCGCUGGCCAGAAUCUCUCCCUGGGGCACGGUGGCCCACGCUGGGUAUUUCCUGCCCCAGGGCGCUGGGUCACCUACGCUCUCAGCAGUCCUGUCCCCUGCUGUCUGGCUUGCUCCUCCAUGACUUUUUAUUCCCGCUUUAAGGCGUUUUAGUUGGCAAAAUGUAAACAGUGAGAUGCCUGUGAAUAAAUUAUGCACACUCUUUAGUGGCCUUAAAAUUGCUGGAUUUAUACUGGAUGCUUCUGUCCCAAGUUCAAGUGUUGCACAUUCAUUUCAUCUCAGAUCUGCAACGUGUUCUUAUUUCCCUUUUAGUCAUUCAGCAAACAUUACUGCUGAGUUAUUUUUAAAGGUCUUUUUGAGUAACCAUAUUGAUGUGGUAUGAUAUUUUGCUGUCACAAGAAGUAAAAUCCUUGUGAUUACGGACCACGUGCAACAUUUUAUGUUGGUAUAUAAAGGCCACGUCCUGGCUGAGAAUCUCUCAGCUAACUUACUUCAAAUACUUGAUUGACAAAGGAAUGAUCCCUGUGCCUGAAAAUUUAAAUUACAGCUUCUGCGAGCAUAGUUGCUCUAUCCAUAUAGACGUUUUAUCUUUAAAGCUGUAUUUUCAUUUCAUAUUCUUGUGCAGUAGCUCUUACUUACCUUUUUUUUUUUUUAAUAAAUACUGCAAUCCUGUCUUUCAAAGCUAUUGGUUUUCAGUAUUUACCUUUGCACAGAUCAAGGGAACAAUUGCAGUAUUUUGGGUAUAACGAGACAGCCGCCUUCCACGGGUCUUUGCAGGGAUUGAAGAUGCACUUCUUGCAGUUGUCGCUAUUUGAUCUAUAAAGGAAAACCAUUAAGAGCUUUUUUUGAGUAAAGGUGAUCGUAAUGUCACUAUAGCUGGAUAGAUGUCACCUAUUUUGCAGCAAUUUAAACAUGAAAAAACCCGACCAGGUUUCCAACAGCGCGCAGCACAGUCACCAGCCAUCCAACAAGGAGGAAGACUAGUCCUCCCCAUCAAGACCUGUCUAAGAGGAUCAAGAUCCAGGAGUUUUCUUUCUGCAAUUACCCGGAUCUGAAUAAUCCCAGUGCCUCAGUUUCCCUGUUGCUAAAGUGGGAACGAUGUUACUUUCUUAUUUGGUAACGCUGGAGUGCUGCCAGGCUUCACUCAUUAAUAUUCUAAGAUGCUUGCUGAGGCUCUGGGAUGAAAAUACUUCAGUAAAGUAUGUAAACAGUGCAAAAAAUAAUUUAGCUACUCAAAGUGGAUUAGUUUCCUUGUUUGGGUUACAGAAUUAAUGCCAUCAACUAAACACCACGUGCCCCUCUGUAGUGAUGAUUUUUUUUUUUUUGUAUAAUGCAUCUAUUUUAAAGAAAAACGAAAAAACAAAAAGUUUGUGAUUAAAACCCUAACCAAUCCGUGUGGCUUUUCUUCUACCUUUAAUGACAAAUUUCCUAUAUGAUUCAUUACAGCCUUAGCUCCAGUACUUGUGAACUACAGUGCCUUUAUAAGUUCUGUGGGGAUUUUCCUUGUGUUAUAAACUGAGAGAUUUUUUAAAAAAUACAUAAUUUUGAGUCUAAUAUAUAACAAACUGAACACUGUUAAAUCCUUCUGUUAUUUGAGAAGAAUUUAUGUUGUAAUAAAGAAAAACUAACAAAUCCA